AGUGUUAGUGGCUGGCAGUGGCAGAUAGUGGGUUUGUUUCCCAAAUACGUCACUAUAGCCACGUUGGUGAUAUUAUCAUUAAUGAUGUCUACUUAAUGAUACAUUCAUUAAGGAAAUUAUUUAAUAUUUAUACUCUAUUAUAUAUUUUAGAAUUAAUCAAGAGCAUAAUAUGGAUAUCAAAAUGAAAAAUAUAUUUCUUUUAAUGAGCUUAAUUAUAACUUAUAAUAUUGAUUUUAGUUAUGGUCAAAGUCGUAUAAAGCCGGGGCAAAAUUCUUUAUCAGAUCGUGUUCAGCAACUAACUGAAAUGGCUAUGAAAAAGCCAGUUUUUAAAUUUAAUGGAGCUAAAUUUAAAGAGUUUGUUAAAACUCCACCAAGAAAUUAUUCUAUUAUUGUUAUGUUUACUGCCAUGGCACCACAGCGUAAAUGUCAAAUAUGCCAGCAUGCCCACGAGGAAUUUGUAACAGUGGCAAACUCAUUUCGCUAUUCUCAAUUUUAUUCAAACAAGUUAUUCUUUGCAACUGUCGAUUUUGAUGAGGGAUCAGAUGUUUUUCAAAUGAUGCGAUUGAAUACUGCUCCGGUGUUUAUACACUUUCCCGCAAAAGGAAAACCUAAAACAGCUGAUACUAUGGAUAUACAAAGAAUUGGAUUUAGUGCAGAAGCAAUAGCAAAAUGGAUUUCAGAGCGAACUGAUAUUCAGAUUCGUGUAUUCAGACCUCCUAAUUAUUCUGGUACUGUAGCAGUUAUCAUGUUAUUAAUUUUAAUAGGAGGAUUUUUAUAUUUAAGGCGGAAUAACUUGGACUUUAUUUAUAAUAAAACUAUUUGGAGUUUAGGUGCUAUGUUCUUUACUCUUACAAUGAUCUCUGGGCAAAUGUGGAAUCAUAUCAGAGGUCCUCCUUUCAUUCACAAGGCAGCAAAUGGAAAUAUUGUAUAUAUACAUGGAUCAUCUCAAGGUCAAUUUGUUUUGGAAAGUUAUAUUGUUAUGAUUUUAAAUGGAGCCGUAAUUUUAGGUAUGCUUUUAAUGACAGAAGCUGCAUGUCGAAAAGGUGACAUUAAAAAGCGACGAAUUUUCGCUGUUAUCGGUUUAGGUUUAGUUGCUGUAUUUUUCAGCCUUUUACUAUCUAUUUUCAGAAAUAAAGCACAAGCGUAUCCUUACAGUCUUCUUUUCAAAUGAACAAAAGGAUUUUUGUGUAACUGGCAAUAUCUCAAAUUUGUUUUGGAAGUAAAAUAUUAUAUUUGCACUAAAAUGUUAGAGAUGGUAAUUGUUCAUCAAUGAAAUAAUUCAUUAAAAUAAACGUUUUCAUUACAAUUGAUAAUAAAUCAUAAUAAUUUUAAAAUCAUCUGGACACUAUUAUUGCAAAAUUCUAAUUUCGUUAAAAAAUUUUGAUCAUCACAAUAAAUAUGUUGUAAUAAUUUAAUUUGUUUAAUCAUAAUUAUUAAUUAUAGUUUUUAUAUUCGUAGCUAGGUACGUUAAGAUUGGUUACGUUAUAAAAACAUUCAGAUUUAAUUUUAUUUUUUCCAUUUAAUAAAAACAUUCUACAAUAUUAAUUGUAGUACUUAUGUUAUAUUAGUUGUCUGUAUGAAAAUAACAUAAAAACGAUGGAAAAUGUGGCCUAUAUUUUCAUUUUAACUCCAGCGUUCGAGGUAUGCACGUUUCGAUUUUUCAAUCUAGUUUAAAAAAUUGUGCAAACAUUAACAACUAUAGAAUUUUUAAUGAUUAAUAUUUUUCACCUUUGUAAAUCUUUUUUUUAUUAUUUAAGUUUAAGGCUGUAUUAAUGCAGCCUUGGUGUAGCACAGCUGUGGUCAUCGAAUAGUUUUUUUGGAUGCCAAAUGUUACUGCCAUGGUACAGUGAUAGUUUAACAAUCUUAAAAUUUUUUUAUUGUCACAAUCGUGGUGUAGCGAUCCUUAAAAAUUUCUAUGACUGUGGUGUAGUUUUUUUUUUUUUUUACGAAUAUUUAGAAACGAGUUUAUUGUAAAUUUACUAUAUUGUUUAUUUGAUUACUAAUUUAACACUUGAAUAAUAUAGGUCGAGAAUCAUCGAAAUUAAUUAUAUAAUUUUAUUUUUAUUUUCAAAUUGUACAAAAAUACAUGGACAAAUUGUUCAUAUCAAAAAAGGAAUGUAUAUUUUACGAUGAUUAGGAUAAUUUUUGAAAGUCUUCUUGUACCAUCGAUGGCUUGAAAUAGCAGUUUCAGUCUGUAAAGUAACAAAACAUAUUGUUAACUAAUCAAUUACUUUGCGCCCAACUUAACAUUACUUUGAACAAGAUAAGUCUAGUAGUAUUUUUGAGCUGAAUUCGGUCGGCUACUAAUCCAUAGGCAAACUAAAAUCCGGUUACAAUUUAUAUAGUGCUUUUUGAGAAAAAUAUAAUGUGUUUCUCUCAAGAAAUGCUCAAUUAAUUUUAUUAACAAGCCAUGUGCAGUUAGUUUGUACAGUUUUUUAUAUGGAAAAGUAAAACAUAAAGUUUUUUGUAAGCCCUGCACAAAAUAUGUGCAAAUUUUUUUAUGACGUUUCAAAAUUAAGAAUAAAUCUUUAUCGAAUGAAAUUAAUUAUUUUAAGUCUAUAAUCCCAUAAUAUCAACAAAGUUUAAAAUUCUUUGAAAUUUGAAAUAUUUUUUGAUUUACCUGAUUAACAAGAACCCAGAUAAAUAUGUAAUAGAAUGAUGAACUCUGCCAAAGAAUUAUAGUUAGUGUGAAAUACAUAAUAAUUUCUGUUAAUUGAAGAGGCGCUGUAAUAUAUUGAAAAAGUCGA